AUGGAAGCGAUCAAGCAAGUAUUCACAACGUGCAAGGCUGAGGGCCGCGCAGCUCUGGUCACAUAUGUCACAGCUGGAUUUCCCACAAUUCGCGAUACACCUGAAAUUAUGCUGUCAAUGCAAGCUGGUGGCUCAGACAUCAUCGAGCUCGGCAUCCCCUUCACAGAUCCUCUCACUGACGGCCUGACUAUUCAGAAGUCACAUGCCCAAGCGCUUGUCAAUGGUGUUCGAAUCCCUACCAUAAUGCAAAUGGUUCGAGAUGCACGGGGGCUGGGACUUAUCGCCCCUGUGUUGCUCAUGGGUUACUACAACCCCGUCCGGGCCUACGGAGAGGCGAAGUUUUUGAAAGACUGUCGAGCAGCUGGAGUAAACGGGUUCAUUAUCGUGGACCUACCUCCCGAGGAAGCUGUUCGGUUUAGGAAUCUGUGCAAGGUGGAAGAACUAUCAUACAUUCCUCUGGUCGCACCAUCGACAGCCGACAGUCGUAUGGAGAUGCUUUGCGGUAUCGCUGACUCCUUCAUCUAUGUUGCCUCCAAGAUGGGAGUGACUGGGGUAGCCAAGGGGCUGGAUACCGGACUGGAGGACCUUCUGAACCGAGUGCACCGCUAUACCAAAGGCUCUGUACCAGCUGCGGUUGGAUUUGGGAUCAGUACCCGUGAGCAUUUUGUCAACGUUGCCCAUAUUGCAGAGGGAGUCGUCAUCGGCAGUAAAGUUAUCGAGGUACUACAAGAAGCACCUAAAGGUACUGGCGCUGAGAAGGUCAAAGAGUACUGUCUCAAGGUUUCAGGUCGCAAAGAGCCUCGCAGCAUCACGCCUCUUCAAGAUCUCAAGACUGGCACCACAGAGGCUAGUCAACAGAGCAUCAACAAUCAAAGCGCACUUGGAGGCCAAGACCGUAUCACGCCUAUGGGUGACAACACCCGAUUCGGCCAAUUCGGUGGCCAAUAUGUGCCCGAGGCCCUGAUGGAAUGCCUCACCGAAUUGGAGACUGGCUUCGACAAAGCGUCCGCCGAUCCAACUUUCUGGGAAGAGAUUCGCUCCUACGCCUCAUACACCAACCGCCCUUCCUCCCUUCACCAAGCAUCCCGUCUCAGCAAGCAUGCUGGUGGUGCCCGCAUCUGGCUAAAGCGAGAAGACCUGAAUCACACCGGCAGCCACAAAAUCAACAAUGCCCUUGGGCAAGUCCUCCUUGCCCGGCGACUUGGAAAGACAUCUAUAAUUGCCGAGACAGGUGCAGGUCAGCACGGAGUGGCCACCGCGACACUUUGCGCGCUACUCGGUCUCAAAUGUACGAUUUUCAUGGGCGCAGAGGACGUGGAGCGACAAGCGUUGAAUGUUUUCCGCAUCAAAUUGCUCGGUGCUACGGUCGUUCCUGUGCCUGGGGCGCAUCCCGGUGAUGGAGGCACACUUCGAGACGCGGUGAAUCAAGCUUUCAGAACCUGGGUUACUGAUCUUAAGACGACGCAUUUCGUCAUUGGAUCUGCUUUUGGACCGCAUCCCUAUCCGACUAUUGUUCGCACUUUGCAGUCUGUUAUUGGAGAGGAGACGCGUUCGCAGUUUAUGGAGGAGAUGAAUGGGAAGCUUCCUGACGCGGUCGUUGCUUGCGUUGGCGGAGGGUCAAAUGCGGCGGGGAUGUUCUACCCUUUCUUGAACGAUAGCUCGGUGAAGCUUAUUGGUGUUGAGGCCGGUGGCGAUGGUUCUUCAAAUGGUCGACAUGCAGCGACACUGGCUAGAGGCUCAGUGGGUGUGCUACACGGAGUGAAAACAUAUGUCCUCCAAGACGAUGACGGGCAGAUCAUUUCUACACACUCUGUAUCGGCUGGGCUGGAUUAUCCCGGAGUUGGACCUGAGUUGUCUAAUUGGAAGGAAUCUGGCCGGGCUACUUUUGUCGCUGCUGAUGAUAAGGAGGCACUCGAUGCGUUCCGACUCUUGAGUGAAACGGAGGGAAUUAUCCCUGCCCUGGAGAGUGCGCACGCUGUCGCUGGUGCUGUGAAGGUGGCCAGGGGUCUCGGCCCUGACAAAGAUCUUGUAAUUUGUCUGAGUGGAAGAGGAGACAAGGAUGUACAGCAGGUGUCUAAAAUGUUGCCAGGUUUGAUGCCUGCCGAGACAAAUUAG